CACGUACGGGGAACGCGUAAUCUCGAGCCAAUGAGCGAUCGCCAGAUAUGUGAUUCCGUCAAUUUCCUGUUGCGAAGAUAAAUAUAUAACUACAGAUACAGAGAGAAUUGCGUUCGGGUACAAUAUCAUAUGACAUUCGAUAGUGAUUGUGUGUGUGCGCGGUCGUGUGAAAAUUUGAUAAAAAAAUUGUUAAGAAAGCGAUAGGAGAUUGCGAGAAAGUUUUUUCUUUGUGAGAAAAGAUCGAAAAUUGUCACGAUCAAGAAAGGAAGUUGGCCGUUUCCGGCCUCGGUUAAACGACAAGCCACGAAAGGACAAAAAUUGCUAAUCGCUGUUGCGUGCUACGCCAACAGCUGACCUCGAAAUAAUUUGUAACGCUUGGCGAGGAUGGCAGACGCUGCCGUUAGUCUCAUAAUAAAGGCGCCGAAUCAACAGAUCAAAGACCAAGUAGUCAAGUGCGAUCUCGGGUGGACGAUUGGUCAUCUGAAGGAAUACCUCUCCGAAGUUUAUCCCAGCAAACCAGAAACGUCUCAUCAAAAAUUAAUCUAUUCUGGCCAAUUGUUAAAUGACUCAGUACAAUUAAAAGAUGUUCUGAGGCAAUAUGACGAUUUGAAAGAUCAGGCAUUUACUGUUCACUUAGUUUGUACACCACAAAAAACAAGCUUUACAAAAUCCAACCAAGAUCAGAUAACCGAAAAAAAUAUGGAUGACGCAACCAGAAAUACUCAAAGCAGAAGUAACAGUUUUCAGACUCCUGAAAAUACUAAUAGUGCCGUUCCUCAUUCUCAGCAGCGAUAUUUACCUCAACAAUACAUUGAUCCUCGCAAUAAUGAACAAUUAGCUUGGAUGCAGCAAGCAUAUACACAUUAUUUUACACAAUACAUGCAACUCAUGGCGGCACAAGGUAUACAAUUGCAAGCCAGUAUUCCUUACCUGCAGCAAAUGAAUAUUAACACGAGCGAUACAACUCAAAGUACAUAUGCAAAUAACAAUAACAACAACAAUAAUAAUAAUAAUAAUAAUAAUGUCGGUGAUGAACAAGCACAACCAGUGGCACAAGACGCGGCAGAAGUUAAUGCAGGGAAUAAUGUUGCGGGUGACGACCCUGCAUUUAAUCGCGACUGGUUGGAUUUAUUCUACAUGUUCUCUAGGAUCAUAGUUUUAUUUGGUAUAGUGUAUUUCUACUCGUCUCCCGUCAGAUUUCUCAUUGUUACGUUCCUGGGAUUUGCAAUAUACUUAUAUCAAGGCGGUUUCUUCAGAGUACAACCAAUUUUACUGGAAAACAAUAACCGUGUGGGAAACAACAAUCAAGUGUUACAAAACGAAGCGAUGGGUGCUCAAGCAGUGCCGCAGCAGCAAAACGCCCAGGUACCACCUGUGCAAGCGGAAGCACGAACAAACGCCAAUGAAGAGAAUGAGGAACAACGUCCUGGUGCUAUCGCUUUUUGGACUUUUUGGACUGUCUUUAGUUCGUUUUUCGCGUCGCUUAUUCCGGAUCAGCCAAAUGUUAUUUAAACCUAAUAUAAAAAAAUCUGUUCUUUUUUUUUUUUUUUUUUUUUUCAAAGCGCAUAAUGACAAAAUUAAGAACGUGGCCUGUGUUGUCGCGAUUGAUUAAAGUCGUAAAUAAUUUUGAACAGUUUGUAGAAUCAAUUGUUUGGACUUUUAAUAAUGAUAACUUAACUACUUUAUUAUAAUGAUGAAUAAGUGUUCAUUCCUACAAAAGAGUCUGAUCAAUUUUCACACGAUAUUAUCUCCAAGAAUUUUACCAUUUAAAUCAACCGCACACAAAUACGGGAAUGCAUUUGUGUAUGAGUUAUUUGUUAAUGUUUGAAACUUUGUAACAGCUGUAUGUGUAUAUAAUAUAUAUUGUUGCACACAUAUUUUUUUGCAUAGUGUUAUAUAACAAAACAAAAUACAUUUUUUUUUACUUAAUAUAUACACCAUCUCCGUAUUUGGCUUCUUAAUUGCCAUUUCGGUUUUGCUUUACGAUUUGUGUAUAUCAUACAGCCUUAAGUUUGUUGAUUUAUCUUGAUGUGUACAUAAAAUUUUAUUUAUAUUUGAUUAGAAUAAUAAUAUAUAAACUUACUCACACUAACUCCGUCUGUGCCUGUGUUUGCGUACGUAUAUGCGUGCGCAUAGGUACAUCGAGAGAGAGAGAGAGUGAGGCGCGCGCGCGCGUGCGAAUGAGAGAGCCGUAUUGCAUCUAUGUACGCGAUUAUUAAACCUAACUUUUUUCUUUGAAAGAAAAUUGUUAGGAUUGCCAUCCCAAAGCUAUUAAAUGUAUAAAGAAAGUUCUUUUGUAUUGUUUGUA